CAAGAGACAGAGAGAUAAAGAGAGAGAGUCUGAGUAAAAACCCAAAAAAAAAAAAAAAACAACAACAACAACAACAACAAACAGAGUACCAUCCCCAGAAAAACCCUAACCCUAACCCUAAUUCCUAAAAUACUACAUCCACAACCAUGGAACCCGAGGGCUCGCCCUCGCGCCCAAUGAUCGACGAGAUCCACUCCAAUGGCGGAAUCAACCUCUGCGACGGCGACGUCGACGACGAGCCGAGCAUCGACGACACCACCACCACCACAACCAACAAUCGGCCAAUCAUUAGCAGCGGCGAACAGCUUGACGUGGAGGCCUACGGGGGCCUCUACCAGGGGCGGACGAAGAUCAUGCGGCUCCUCUUCAUCGCCGAGAACUGCGAGGGCAACCCUGCGAUGCGAUUGGAGGCCCUUCGCAUGGCUCACGAUGAGAUCAAGAAGGGAGAGAAUACUCAGCUUUAUAGAGAAGUGGUCCAGAAGAUUGAUGGCGAGCUCGGGCCUAACUAUGCCAUGGACUCAGCCUGGUGCGACUCUGUCGACCGCAGGGCUGACCAGAAGAAGGAGAAGCUCGAGAACGAGCUCAAUGCCUAUAGGACAAAUUUGAUCAAAGAAAGCAUAAGAAUGGGAUACAAUGAUUUUGGAGAUUUUUAUUAUGCUCAUGGUGCACUCGGGGAUGCUUUUAAGAGUUAUGUUCGUACUCGUGAUUAUUGUACUACAUCAAAACACAUCAUCCAUAUGUGUUUGAGUGCAAUUCUGGUCAGCAUUGAGAUGGGUCAAUUCACCCAUGUGACAAGCUAUGUCAGUAAAGCAGAACAAUCACCAGAGGCCCUUGACCCAAUUACAACUGCAAAACUACGGUGUGCUGCAGGAUUGGCUCACUUGGAGGCUAAAAAAUACAAGCUUGCUGCUCGUAAGUUCUUGGAAACAGGUUCUGAAUUGGGAAGUCACUACAAUGAAGUCAUUGCACCUCAAGAUGUUGCAACAUAUGGCGGACUUUGUGCACUGGCAAGUUUUGACAGGGCAGAGUUGAAGAGCAAAGUUAUAGACAACGUCAACUUCCGGAACUUUUUAGAGUUAGUGCCUGAAGUAAGAGAGCUUAUCAAUGAUUUCUACUCAAGCCACUAUGCCUCAUGCUUGGAUUACCUUGGAAAUCUCAAAGCAAAUUUGCUGCUUGACAUCCAUUUGCAUGACCAUGUUGAGACGCUGUAUGAUCAAAUCCGCAACAAGGCCCUCAUCCAGUAUACACACCCAUUUGUCUCUGUUGAUUUGCAAAUGAUGGCAAAUGCCUUCAAAACAACUGUUGCAGGGCUGGAGAAAGAACUUGAAGCUUUGAUCACAGACGACCAAAUACAGGCUCGGAUUGACUCACACAACAAAAUUCUGUAUGCACGUCAUGCAGAUCAAAGGAAUGCAACUUUCCAGCGAGUUUUACAGACUGGUAAUGAAUUUGAUCGGGAUGUUAGGUCAAUGCUGCUGAGAGCAAAUCUUAUUAAGCAUGAAUACAAUCUUAGGGCGGCAAGGAAACAUUGAAUUUCAGUUUCAGAAGGAAUAGGGUAGUAUGACCAAGACUUUUCUCUUUUAGGUUUUUUUUAUAAAUUGUGCUUGGUCGUUUAGUAUGAUUAAGUGGGGUUCUGAAUACCCUAAACAAGAUGGGCUUUGUGCUGGUGGUGAUUUGCAUUUUCAGGAGUCCAGGAUACAAAUUUAUUCCAACAAUUUAUAAAUAUUAAUGGUUACUGUUUUGUAUAUGCUCGUAUUUAUCUUAUAAAGCUCUCCCAGAGCCUUCGGCCA